UUGCAGCGGGCGCGGACACAGUCGCUACAAUGUUUCGGGGCGGCUGCCUGGCCCUAGGGCUGGCGCUGGGGCUGGGGCUGGGGCUGGGGCUGGGGCUGCCGCUGAACUUGCCCCGGCCCUCGCUCCCGCCGCCGCCCUCCAGGACCAACUCGGUGGUCAUGGACGCGACCACGGGCCAGCUCAAGGUGGUGGAGGGCUGGGAGGCCGGGGCCAUCGCCUGGGCCAACCUCACCAACGCCAUCGGCAGCACCGGGUGGGCCUUCUUGAAUUUGGCAACCAAUGGGAACUACAGUGACGCUCUGCAGGCUUAUGCAGCUGGGGUGGUGGAGGCAGCUGUGUCUGCUGAGCUCAUCUACAUGCACUGGAUGAAUACAGUGGUGGAUUACUGUGGCCCCUUCAAGUAUGAGACCGUCUACUGUGAGAAACUGAAGAACUACAUCGAGCUGAACCUGGCUUGGAUGCAGCAGCAGAUUGCAUCGGGCAAGGACAAGGAAUACUGGCACCAGGUGGAGCUCGCUCUCCUGCAGCUAAAGGGACUGGAGGACAGCUACCAGGGACGCAUAGCUUUCCCAUCCAAGAAUUUCACCAUCAACCCCUUUGGGUUCCUCUUGUUCCAGUUGUCGGGUGAUUUGGAGGACCUGGAGCCGGCCCUGAACAAGACGGAGCAGAGGCGAGUCCUGGGCUCCGGCUCCUGCUCGGCCCUGAUCAAGCUGCUGCCCAACAACAGCGAGCUGCUGGUGUCCCACGACACCUGGAACUCCUACCAGCACAUGCUCCGCAUCAUCAAGAAAUACUCCUUCCACUUCCGGACGGUGCCCAAAGGCGAGUCACCGCUGAUUCCUGGAAACGAGCAGGUUUUCUCCUCCUACCCCGGAACCAUCUUCUCCUGCGACGACUUCUACCUCUUGGGCAGUGGGUUGGUGACCCUGGAGACAACCAUCGGCAACAGCAACACCGAGCUGUGGAAGUUCGUUAAGCCCCAGAACAGCGUCCUCGAGUGGUUGCGUAACAUCGUGGCCAACCGGCUGGCUCAGGACGGGAACACGUGGGCCUCCAUCUUUAAGAAGUUUAACAGUGGCACAUACAACAACCAGUGGAUGAUUGUAGACUACAACGCUUUUACUCCUGGGAAGUCCAAAUCCACGGAGGGCCUGCUCACUAUUCUAGAACAGAUUCCGGGCAUGGUGGUGAUGGCCGACAAGACUCAGGAGCUGUACGAGAAAGGCUAUUGGGCCAGCUACAACUUACCGUAUUUUGAGUCAGUGUUCAAUGCCAGCGGGAUGCCUGACCUGGUGAAGCAGUUUGGCGACUGGUUCUCUUACAAGAAUAGCCCCCGGGCCCGGAUCUUUGAACGGAAUCAGUCACUGGUGCAUGACAUGGACUCCAUGAUCCGGCUGAUGAGGUUCAACAACUUCCCCAAUGAUCCCCUAUCCCGGUGUAACAAGUGCAAUCCUAAGCAGAAUGGGGAGAACGCCAUCUCAGCCCGCUCGGACCUCAACCCAGCUAAUGGGACGUAUCCCUUUUCUGCUCUUUCACAGAGAUCCCACGGAGGCAUAGACAUGAAGGUCACUUCUUAUGAGUUGUCUAAAGACUUCCGCCUAAUUGCAGCCAGUGGCCCCACGUGGGACCAGUUACCCCCCUUCCAGUGGAGCUCAUCACCCUUUGACAAUGUGUUACACAUGGGCCAUCCGGACCUCUGGAAGUUCUCCCCCAUCAAGGUCUGGUGGGAUUGAAGCUGGGGACCAGCCCCUCUUCCCACCACCCCGUUAUCCAUAACCCUAGUGCCCUUAGGAGAUGCCUCUUCCUCUCCUCUUCACCCGUCCUGGCUGCCGUUUGUCUGAUCCCGGGACCCCAAGGAAUAUGCCCGUUGGGCCUGGAGGGCUGAGGCUCCUCCACUUUCUGCUGCUUCCUUGGCUCUUGAGCCAACUGCCUUGUCCAAAGAGGUCCUGAGAGCGUUAGGGAACCACCCGUUCAACAGCCCUAUCUCCCAACCCUUCCCUCCUGAUCCCCAAGCUCCAGUGGCUUUCCUGGAGAAGGAAGGGAGGGAGGGGGCUUCUGGAUUUUACCUCUGUGGCUGAAACCGUCAUGAAUAUGCUGGACUCUGAGGAACCUGCUUCCUGCCUCCCCUACCUGUCUCAUUGAGAAAGCAGCCUCCCACCUUCCUCUGCUUCUUUCUGGGCACUUCUCACAUACAGCUCUGUUUACUGAGACUGCACAUCCCCAACCAGGCUUUUGCGCUCACCUAGACAGUGGUGGUAGAGGAGCUAGGCGUGACCCUCUUGCCUCAUUCCCCCCAUGUCCAUACGUUCAGUCUCCUUCAUUGGACUGCCCUUCAGGAACAAAUUUGGAAAACAAACACACACCAAAGUAUAUCAGCCCUUCCCCUGAAACCCUGGACUUGGAGAUGUGGGAGCUUUGGAUUUCCCUGGCUUCCUGGGCUCUGGGUCUUUUCUGUCCCUCUUCCCUACUUCCUGAUGGGGGCAAUCUGGUCUCUCGUGCCUGACCCUGCCGUAAGUGGGAAUUGUAGAGUGAAAACAGGCCCUCGGGUCAGUGGGGGGAGGCUCCGGGUAGAGUGGUCCCUUGCUGACAUCUGCCUCAGCCUGCCCCCAGCCUUUUACCUCCUCGUCCUAGCUCACUGUACCACCUCUCCCCGGCCAGGUCCUCUCCCCUGCCAGGUCCCUUCCGGGGAGCCGGGAAGGCUGGCCGUGCUCACUGCCCCAGAGAUCUCAGAGGGAAGGUUGGGCUAGGGAAGUGGCUACCUCCAUGGAGGCCGGUUGGAGAACACAGGAUGUCUUCCUCCUCCUGACCCCUCUCUGCUGUGGUUUCUUCCUCCCCUCCAGGGCUGAGCUCUGCUGCACUCAGAGUGCCUGUGAGGUUUGAGAGUUGGGCCUUGGGCUUUCUUGUUGCCAGGCCACAGAUGGAUGCAAUCUGAUUAAACGAGAGACUUUAUCGCCUCCAGCCCCGCUCUGCUUUUUGGAGGGGGUAGGGAUGUCAUUGGCUAGGGCUGGAUUGGGGCUUAUAGAGAAUCAGAACUUCAGAGAAGGAAGGGACCUCACUGUCCAAGCCUGUCCACCUAAAUCCAGCCUUGACCUGAGCUGAAAUUCCCACAACAGCCCAGAGGACCUGACCCUUUGUGACUGGGGAGGUCUCAGCCUCCGUGAGUCUUCCUGGCUUCAUCUGUAAACUGGAUGACCUGACUGGGAGAUUCACAUCUGGGACAUUGGCCAAGUCACAUGAUUUUGGGGGGGGCUUGGUUUCUUCAUCUAAAAAAUGGGCAGUAGGACCAGGUGGUGUUUUUAAGGUCCCUUCCUGCUCUCUAUGAUCUCUGAUUGAAAGAGCAACUAGCACUGGGUGACAAGGUUGGAAAGGGCUGGGUUGGGGAGGCUUCUGGAGAGGGACACUUGCCUGCUUCAGUUUUUUUUUUUUUUUUUAACUCUCAGCAGUAUCUUAUUUUUCCAAAUACAUGUAAAGAUAGUUUUUAACAUUACUUUUUGUAAGACUUUGUGUUUCAAAAUUUUCUCCCUCCUUCCCUUACCUCCCCCUUUCCAAGACAGCAAGUAAUCUGAUAUAGGUUAAAUAUGUGCAAUUAUUUUUUAAAUAAUAGCUUUUUAUUUUUCAAAAUACAUGCAAAGAUAGUUUUCAACAUUCACCCUUGCAAAAUUUUGUAUCCCAGAUUUUUCUCCCUCCCUCCUCUUUUCCCCCUCCCCUGAACAGCAAGCAGUCCAGUAUAGGUUAAACAUGUGCAGUUCCUCUAUACAUAUUUCCACAUUUAUUAUGCUUGUACAGUUCUUUUAAAUUUAUUUCUAAUAUUUGUCAUGUUAUGUGAAAAAAAUCAGAUCAAAAGGGAAAAACCAUGAGAAAGAAAAAAACUAAAAAAUAAACAAAAAAAGAUGAAAA